CCCAGGCUGCUAUCAAACAUCACAGCACUCCUGAGGCACUGGGUACCCAGCACUGAGACAUCUAUUCCUCGAGUUGAAAAUGAUGUGCAGUAGCAAGAGUUUGCUCCUGGCUGCUUUGAUGUCAGUGCUGUUGCUCCACCUCUGCAGCAAGUCAGAAGCAGCAAGCAGCUUUGACUGCUGUCUCCGAUAUACAGAAAAAAUACUUCACCCCAGUUUUCUUGUGGGCUUCACACAGCAGCUGGCCAAUGAAGCCUGUGACAUCAAUGCAGUCAUUUUUUACACCAGGAGAAAACUGGCUGUGUGUGCAGAUCCAAAGAAGAAGUGGGUGAAACAAGCUGUGCAUAUGCUCAGUCAAAGAGUCAAGAGGAUGUGAAAAUGGAUGCUCCCUGGAAUGGAAUUGGGCACAGCCCAAGAAUGAAAGGAACCUGGCUGAGUUGACAGCUUCACUUAUGCCUUGUUGAGGGCUCAAAGCUUAUCUGAUUUGUGUCUCAUUGGACUUGUCUCAUUUGUCCAAUUAGUGAAGUUGAUUCAUAUUGCAUCAUAGUUUGCUUUGUUAAGCAUCAUGUUAUAUUCUAUUUUAUGUUAUGUUAUUUAUAUGUGUGUUUUUUGUGUGUGUUUUGCUAUUUAAUACUAGUUUCCAUAAGCUAUUUGGUUUAGAAUGAGGUAUACAGUCAUGCUUGAAGGAAUAAGAUACGUGGAUUUUCUUGAGCAGAAGGCUAUUUUAAAAAGACGUUUAACACUCUUGUUUGUAUAGCUUUGUUUCCUAAAUUGCUGUAAUUACUUUGCAAAAGACAAAAAUGAUGAGAAGAAUAAAAGUUGAAAAUAAAAGAACACUGUUUGUUGAUUGAGUUAAAUAGCAUCAAGAGGUAUAUUAAAGAUAUUUAAAGGUUUAGUAAAUAUGAAAAUGCCCUGCAGUGCUUUUCUUUUAAUUAAAUAAAAAUUUUUAAAUUUACUUUUGGCUGCGAUGCGGCCUCAUUGCUGCACGAGGGCUUUUCUCUAGUUGUGGUGUGUGGGGGCUACUCUCUAGUUGUGGUGUUCUUCUCAUUGUGGUGGCUUCUCUUGCUUUGGAGCAUGGACUCUAGAGUGCAGAUUCAGUAGUUGUGGAACACCAGCUUAGUUGCAUCAUGGCAUGUGGGAUCUUCCUGGACCAGAGAGUAAACCCACGUCCUCUGCAUUGGCAGCUGGAUUCUUAACCACUGGACCACCAAGGAAGUCCUGCUCUGAAACUCAUAUUCCCCAUUUAUUUCUUUGCCUAGUUGGUCUAUUUUUGGAGUAGGAAAUGACAACCCAUUCCAGUAUUCUUUGCCUGGGAAAUCCCAUGGACAGAGGAGCCUGGCGGGCUAAAGUCCAUGGGGUCGCAAAGAGUUGAACACGACUGAGUGACUAAGCAUGCAUGGUUCUUCUCUUUGUCUUUAUCUCUUGUGGUCCUGGUUC